CCGCAACCCAGCGGAGACCAAGUCCACCGAGGAUAUGGCACGCAGCCUACAGACUUCGCGAUAGGGAGUAACCCGACGAUGAGCUCACCGCUGUCGAAUUCCGUCGCGCACCAGGGUCAUUCUACCGAAGAGUUCGACGCCAGCCAUAGAGGCUCGUCGCUGGUCGAUGGUGGCCUGCAGCGCACGUCUAGCCGUGCUAGCACCGUGGGUGGAACGGGCGGCGGCGGCGGCGGCGUGAGUCGGAGCAAUACUCUGAGAAAGAAGAACAGCGUCAAGAGGGCGAGCAGCUUGAAGCGCAGUGGCAGCAAGAAGAGCCUCAGAGCCGGAAGUCUGAAGGGUUUUGGUGGCAUCGAUGCCGACGACGCCAACUUCAACAGCUGGUCAUUCACCCCAGUACCAACCAGUGGCACGCCCACCGAUAUCCUCGCAAACCGCUUCCAGGCCUGGAGACAAUUGCUCAAGUCACUGAUCACCUACUUCCGCGAAAUCCAACAGUCUUACGACGCGCGUCACAAAGCGCUCCACAAAGUGCAGAACACCAUUGCGAACAUCACGAAUCCAUCCAUCUUUAUGACCAAUGGCGGUCUUGGCGACGCAACCCGUAUUCUUGAGAACUUCCACGCAAAGUCUGUUCGAGAGGCGCAGAAGGCUAGGGAUAUUGAGACGGAUGUCAUUCAAGCACUGACAGGUCUGCGAAGUGACCUCGCCCAGAAGAUCAAGGAGAUCAAGAGCUUGAGCGGCGACUUUAAGAACUCCGUCGAUAAAGAGAGGGACGUCACCAGGAAGGAGAUUGAGAAAUUGCAAGAAGCUCUGCAACACACCGAUCAUGAGGAUGGCGCUGCCACUGGCAAGAAUGAUCCCUACGUCGUGAGAUUGGGUGUCGAUCGAGCCAUUGAGAGGCAGAUUGAUGAGGAGAACUACUUACAUAGAGCGUACCUCAAUCUCGAGGCUUCGGGACGUGAGCUCGAAUCCAUCGUCGUCGGAGAGAUUCAGAAAGCCUACAAUGCCCUGGCUGGAAUCCUGAAACGCGAAGCCGAUGAUGCGUACAACACCGUCGAGAGCCUCCGUUCUGGUCCGAUUUCGAUGCCCAAGGACCAGGAGUGGUACCAGUUUGUCACUUCCGACGAGCACUUUGUCGAUCCCGGUUUGCCAUUGCGAAGAGUGGAGGAGAUCGAAUACCCAGGCAAGCAUGCCCCAGCAGCAACAGAGAUUCGCGCAGGCAUGCUUGAGCGCAAGAGCAAGUAUCUGAAGUCUUACACUCCCGGAUGGUAUGUCUUGUCACCGACUCAUCUGCAUGAAUUCAAGUCUGCGGACAAGAUCUACUCACAGCCACCUGUGAUGUCUCUAUAUCUCCCUGACCAGAAGCUUGGUUCGCACUCCGAGCGAGGCUCCUCGAGCCACAAGUUCAUGCUCAAGGGCAAACAAUCUGGUGGCAUGCAUAAAGGUCAUAACUGGGUGUUCCGCGCAGAGAGCUAUGAUACCAUGAUGGCGUGGCUUGAAGACAUCCGCAAUCUCACCGAAAAGACUGGUGCUGAGCGCAACGCCUUUAUUCGGAAACACGCUAGAAGCGUGAGCGGUACGAGCGAUCGAGGAACAGUUAGCAGCGAUGGCAUGGAAGAAGACGAAGCAGACGAGGUGCCGUAUUCGGCAGACGUUAACAGCCUAGCGGGACCAUCUCCAACGGAAGAGAAGCCUAAGCGGCCGCAACCAGGCGGACGAUUCCCGUCUGACAUGGUUCUUCGUAAGACUGGGACUAUGAGCUCCACUGCCGACGGCGCCGAUGACUCGGACGAUGACAGUCCGAAUGUGGUUGCAGCUGCCUCAGCAUUACCCGUAUCAUCGCCAGACCGAUACGGAGGGCAGGAUCCUUACCGACUUGAUGAUGUUCGAACUGAGAUUGGCUCCAUCAACGAUGAGCCGGGCGCCAUUGAACACCAAGCCGCGCCAAUUCCCGUCCAGCAGCAGACGAUUGCCAGCACUGAGCCAGUUCAGACACAGACAUAUUCUCUACCAGCCGCGCCAGUACAACCUGUCAACCAAGCGCAACCUGUUGUGCCAGUACAGCAGCAGCAGCCUUUUUUAGGCAAUGAGCCAGCGACAUCCUUCUCUCAAGUUCAGGAGCCGCUGGCUCGUCAUAAUAGCGGGUACGGAGACUGGAUGGCGCCAGCUGCCGCAGGUGCUGUCGGCAUUGGAGCAGGAGCGCUUGGUGCAGAGGCUUAUCGACACCACCAGCAAGAAGCCGCUGUUCCCCAACAGAUUCCGAUGCACGAGCAGAAGUCGCUGAGAGGACUCAAUGCCGAUGUCGAUGCCGAUGCCGAUGCCGACGCUGGAGCUUUUGUCUUUCCAAACGCUGUCGGCGAGAGCCAGGGCACUGAGGCAAUGAUACCAAAUGUCCCACCAACGAGCAAGAUCAAUCACGCGCCCGUUGUGGCCGCACCUGCAAGCGCAAACUCCACAAGUGUCGCAGAAGCACCUUUGGGCGGAAACGAGAAGCUUGGCGCUCACGAGACUGGAGCAUUCUUCCCUCGCGUAAUUAGGCACGACACCGAGUUGUCGGUCAGCCAACUCCAUGUGCCUGGAGAGUUCCCUCCGCCGCGAAACGUUUAAUCGGAUUUGAUGUACAUUUCUUGGCAACAGCGACAGGAAGACAGGACAUGGAACGAACUUGGAUACCACCAGUUUGCUUUUUGCUUGGCGUGCAGUCGUACUGCUUGGACCUGAGAUGCACAUAUUGCUUGAGCGUGAGCGUAUAAGCGCGGCAUUGCGCGUGCUUGCUUGGUUCGUCGUAUAUAUCCCUAGACACAGCGUAUUCAUUUUGGUGCAUGUCC